AUAUGUAUAGGAAAAGAUAUUUGCAUUUUGUUAUUUUGGUCUUACUAGAAACAAGAAACAGGCCAAAAUGUGAUUCGUGAAUUUAACCCAAAAAGAAAAGAAUUUGAAUUGUAAAUCUGUCGCUCUUCCAACCUAUAUAUAAAGAUUAAAUUGUGAUACUUACAACUAGUUGCAUUUUUUAUUUUAAUAAGUAACAUUUUAUAAAAAAGUUGCUAAUAUAGACGAAUCUACAAAAGCAUAAAAGAUCUAAAAACGAAAUAUACCCAUCAAAAAGAAAAAGUAAAAAAAAAAAUGUAGAUGCGAUUCAAGUAUUCAACAUUGGGUUAGUAAUAAAUGAGAAUCAUGCUUACUAUGUGCAUAUACGGAGACUUUAAAAGCCUUCCCUUAAAAUUUUUGCAUUUCAUUCCAUUCCUCCUCCUUCUCUUCACCAUUUAUCUUUCUCAAAAAAAAAAAAAUUUAAAAAAAUAUAUUUCUUCAACAAAACAAAAGCAAAGUUCCAAUCUUCACCACUUUCGUCAUCACCAUGUCCGAUGCAACCGUAGACACAUACAUAUCUUUUGUGUGAUUUAUACAUAUUAAUUAAAGAUUCAUUUGUUCAUGGCGGUUCAAACUCAUCACCAUCAUCCUACUAUGUUCUUCCUCAACAGAAACGGACAAGAAGGGAAUGAUUUUUCGCCGGAGCUGCAAAAGUCUCAGCUUCCAAGCAUCACCACCGGGGUUAAUAAUACAAGAAAGCGAGCCAGAGAAGUGAUUGAUUUAGAAAACAUGACGUCGCCGAUGAACCCUCCGCCGUCUACUCCGCCGCAAUUUAUCAGCCGUAGACAAACUCCUAAUGUAGUAUCCACCGGUCUUCGUUUGUCUCAGGGACAGUCACAGAAUCGAGAACAACCGUCAUCAUCAUCAUCAUCUUUUCCGAUGAUAAACGAAGAUAUCGCCGGAGAAAUUAAACGACAAUCGGAUGAAUUAGAUAUAUUUCUUCAGACCCAGCUGAGGCGCAUGUUAGCGGAAAACAGCGAGAGGCACUAUCGUGAGCUUCUAAAAACGACGGAAGAAUCAGUUAGACGGAGAUUAAGAGAGAAAGAAGCAGAGAUCGAGAAAGCCACGCGUCGUCACGCAGAGCUCGAGGCACGUGCGAUGCAGAUCGAGACGGAGUCACGUGCUUGGCAGGCGAGAGCGGCGUCGAAAGAAGCCGAAGCCACGACUUUACAAGCUCGAUUGCAGCAAGCCGUAGCUCACGGCGGCGGAGACACGGUUGCGGAACCAAAUUCAGGAAGCGUAGACGGUGUGGAUGAAGCCGAAGACGCUGAAUCGGCUUACGUUGAUCCCGAUCGACUUGAAUUGACCGGACCGAGUUGUAGGAUUUGUUGGCGGCGAUCGGCGACGGUGCUGGCUUUACCGUGUCGGCAUUUGAUCCUCUGUAAAGGUUGCGACGGCUCUGUGCGAGUUUGUCCGCUUUGCCUUAGCUCAAAAAAUUCAAGCGUGGAAGUAUUCUUUUCUUGAUGGGCUUUCUAUUAGUGGGCCUACUAGACCCAACGUUGGUAUUUUAUUACUCUAAAAACAAAAUUUAUGUGAUAUUAUAUUCAUCGUAUUUAUAUAAUUGCAAAAAAUUGAGUUUCUAUAUCUCUGAAGCUCUCAAUAAAGCUGAGAGGCUUUAUAUAUACAUGUAAAUAUUAAAUCCUACACAGCGGCACUGUUGUCUUUUCUUCUAGAAAUUAUUUUGUUUUGGUGAAAUAAUGAAAUAACUAAUAAACUGUUACCAUUUGAUUUUA